AGCCUUGUGAUUGGCUAGUGGGAAGGAAGUAAGGCCUGGGGGUCGUUUUCCUCUUCCGGUUUAGCAGGAAGCGGCGGCGGCUGAGGCGACGUGCCUGGUGAUGGCUGCCCCGGUGGAGCUGCGGGUCAACGCCGCUUUCGCGGAGCGCUACGGCCGGUAUCGGCGGCGGGAGGAGCUACAGCGGCUGCAGGAUCGCUACGGGGAUGCAGGUGACAGCACAGAAUCAAGCUCUGAAUCGGAGGAUGAAGAGGAGGCGAGGGAUCCGGAGGUCGACGGCUACUUCUACCGCAUGUUGGCCUUGCUGAAGACCAAGGACCCCCGCAUCUACCAGCAGGAGGAUGGUGCUUUGGACCCCCAAGAAGGGCCCUCAUCAGGAAGUGAGGAUGAGAAACCCUGCUCGAAGAAGAAAGCAAAGCCCAUGUACCUGAAGGACUAUGAGAGGAAGGUCAUACUGGAGAAAGGAGGCAAGUAUGUGGAUGAAGAUGAAGACGGAGUAGCAGUCAAGAAUCAGUUGAGUUACAAUGAAGAGCAGAAACAACUUAAGCAAAGUUUCCAGAAGUUUCUGGCUGACAGCGAUGCAGAAGAAGGUGAAGGGGGCAGUUCCCCAGGUCUCCUGCGCAAACGAGUCAAGAGCAAAGAGGAGAAGGAGCGUGAAAAGGCGGAUUAUAUCAGCUGGCUGAAAGGUCAAGAGAAAGCACAAACAGAGGAGGCCCUUCAGGACCUGGCACCCCUUAGAGAAUACUGGAACGACCCCAAACUGGAUGAGAAGGAGUGCUUCUUGCGAGAUUACAUCCUGAACGAACGCUACAAGGAAGCAGGAGAGGAGGAAAGGCAGCCAGCCAUGUCCGACUCCUCCGAUGAGGGCGAGCUCUUUCUCAGGAAGCAAGAGGACUUCGAACACAAGUACAACUUCCGCUUUGAGGAGCCUCAGGCCCAGCUGGUGCAGUCACAUCCUCGCACUAUCGCAACUUCUGUGCGACAGAAAGACGAGCGCCGGAAAGAAAAGCGCUUGGAGAUCUGUGAGCGCAAGAGAAAAGCCAGGGAACGCAAGCAGGAGGAGCUGAAGCAGCUGAAGAAUCUGAAGCGUCAGGAGAUCCUGCAGCGACUGGAGAAGCUACGUGAGAUCACGGGCAGCGAAAGCAAUCCCUUCGAGGAGGGGCACCUGGAAACAGACUUUGACCCUGCCCAGCAUGACCAGCUCAUGGAGGAGCUCUUUGGCGACGACUAUUACGGCAUCAACGAGGAAGAGAAGCCCCAGUUUGAGACGGAGGAUGGAAGUGAUGAUGAGUGGAAUUGGGAUAAGUGGACCGGAGAGGGUGGCCCUGAGUCCAAAGCGGAGGCUUCCCUGCUGCUGAUGGAGGAACACCAGCCGCACUGCGAGGAUCCGGACUUUGUGAUGGAUGCUGACUAUGACCCCACUCAGCAGCCUGUUUCUUCUAAAAAGAAGCGGAGGCUGGAGGCCCCCCUGCUAGGCAAGAAGAAGUGCCGGUCGCAGUUUGCAGAAGCCCUCCAGAAAGAGAAAAAACCCUUUGACCCGGCCAGCGAGACGUUUGAGCAAUACCUGGACGAGUUCUACCGCCUCGACUACGAGGAUCUGAUCGGGGACCUGCCGUGUCGCUUCAAGUACCGCAGCGUGGUUCCCUGCGGCUACGGCCUCUCCACAGAAGAGAUCUUGGCCGCUGACGACAAGGAGCUGAACCGCUGGUGUUCUCUGCGGAAGACUUGCAUGUUCAGGUCUGAGAAGGAGGAGCUGCAUGACCAGAGGGCCUACGAGCAGAAAGGCCAGAACACCUGGAAGAAGCAGCAGAUUCUGAAAUCCCUUUGGGCCGACACGGGAGAAGCGGAGAGCAUCGAGGCACCUCCAGGCAAGAAAGGGAGGAAGAAGCAGAAGACGGAGCAUCGGGAGCCGCCUUCUGAAGACUUGUCCCCCAUCAAGAAGGAGGCUCUCCAGCAAGCGAGUGGAGCUGCCGGGACGGCUCUGGCUGCAGGUGCGGGCAAGGCAGCCCCAGCGGCUUCCUCGACGGCCCCCCGUCCCAGGCGAAGAGGAGGCAGGAAGAAGAAGGGGCUGCUGCUGGGCGCAAAGGUGUGGGUUGGGGGCUCCCAGUUCAGCGGCCACCGGCUCCAGGCCUAUGGUCUCAAUCCCAAGCGCCUGCGCUACCGCCAGCUGCUCCGGGAGAGGCAGAGGAAAAAGCAGAAGCAGCCCGGAAAGGCCAGUGGGGCUAAGUAACCCCCGGAGAACUGUUCUGCCAGCCCUGGAACCCAAGCGGGAGGCAGCUGGUGCUCCCCAGAGAUGCUCUCUCCUGCUUCCUGUGCUCCGCGGUCAGUGGAGGCCUUGCUGCUCAGAGAACUCCCUCUGGUCUCCUGCCACGUCUGCAUUGGGGUUUGGCCAUUUGCAUCUGGUUUCAAGAGAAAGGGAGCAUCUGCCCUGCUGUGGCCCAGAGAGCACUUAGGGCACAAGAAUGGCUUUGAGAGAGGGGGGGGAGCCAAUCCACACCAAGAGCCUCCCUACUGUCUCCUGUUUUUUCCGGCCCUUAUCGAUGGAAGUGCGGCUGUUGCAGAAUUGGGUUUCUUGAACUGGCCACCAACCAUUCUGGCACCCUCCAGUGGACUGCUUGCCCACACACUCACACCUGCCAAAAGUGCACCUUCUGCCCAAGAAAACCAUGUCCCAUUCCAGACUUGGCUUCAGUGUGCGGCUCAAAAAACCUGCACCGUGGGGCCAGUUGUGAACAUGUGCAAACGUUUCUGCAAAUGCAGGGGGGGUCCCGAAAAGGGGGCGGAAGCUGAAAAUCUGUUUCUGCACACAGAGGACAUUUGAGCAGCAUUGGAGGCUGUUAGUGCAUCUUGUUCUGUUUUAAAUCUGUUUUUUAGAUUGUAUGUUUUAAUGUCUGUGCUAUUUUCCUAUAUGGUUGUAACUGCCCCGAGCCCAUUUGUGGGAGAGGGCAGGCGAUAAGUCUAAUGAAGUCAAUAAAAAAUAAAUGAAA